UCGUCGGGGGCAAGCCAGAAACUAUCAAAGGAAACGCAUUAAAAAAAACCCCCCAAAAAAGCGGGGAAAUCCCAAAAACGAAAAAAAAUAUCAAGGAAAAAAAGAGGGUUAGCUAUGGGAGAGACGAGGUUCUUGCAGGAGCUUGUCCUGUACGCGGCGAGCGCUGCGCUGAGCUGCCUCGUUCUCUUCGCCGGACUCCGGCAGCUGGACCCUAAUCGAGCGGCGUCGAAGAAGGCGCUGGAGCAGAAGAAGGAGAUCGCCAAGAGACUAGGUCGACCGCUUAUUCAAACCAAUCAAUACGAGGAUGUAAUAGCUUGUGAUGUCAUAAAUCCCGAUCAUAUUGAUGUUGAGUUUGAGUCUAUUGGAGGUCUGGACAAAAUUAAACAAGCAUUAUUUGAACUGGUCAUUCUUCCUCUGAGGCGACCUGAAUUAUUCGCACAUGGAAAGCUUCUUAGUCCACAAAAGGGAGUUUUGUUAUAUGGGCCUCCAGGAACUGGAAAAACAAUGCUAGCAAAGGCUAUAGCUAAAGAGUCUGGAGCGGUUUUUAUUAAUGUGAGGGUAUCUAAUUUGAUGAGUAAAUGGUUUGGAGAUGCUCAAAAGCUGGUGGCUGCUGUCUUCACUCUGGCCUAUAAGCUCCAGCCUGCUAUCAUUUUUAUUGAUGAGGUUGACAGUUUCUUAGGACAGCGCCGUAAUACGGAUCAUGAAGCCAUGACUAACAUGAAAACUGAAUUUAUGUCUCUGUGGGAUGGUUUCACUACAGAUCAAAAUGCACGUGUUAUGGUUUUGGCUGCUACAAACCGACCAUCAGAACUAGAUGAGGCAAUACUUAGGCGCUUUCCUCAGGCUUUUGAAAUUGGCAUACCCGACAGGGGCGAGAGAGCUAAGAUACUGAAGGUGAUCUUGAAGGGGGAGAGAAUAGAAGAGGACAUAGAUUAUGAUCAUAUAGCCCGGUUGUGUGAAGGUUUUACUGGUUCAGAUAUUUUUGAACUCUGCAAACAAGCAGCCUAUUUUCCUGUCAGAGAGUUAUUGGAGGAGGAAAAGAAUGGGAAGACAACCCAAAUACCUAGAGCAUUGAGACAGGCGGACCUAGAAAAAGCUUUAUCGACCGUUAGAAAGGUGAAGAAGGGAACAAAUGAAUACCGCUUGGGAUUAAAGUCAUCUCCAUGGUCAAGGAACACAGAAGCUGAUGAUGUUGAUGAUGAUGGGCAGGUCCAGAAUGCUAUUUUGAAGAUCUCGGAGAUUAUGAAUCGUAUCGUCACCAACAACCAGUCUGAAUCUGAACCUCAAGACCCUUAAAUCUGUUCUCUUUUCAUGACCUCUUUUUUUAAUUUUUUUUUUAAAUUUUUUUUAUUUACUAGUUAGGUAACAUGUGAGGAUCGAAAGAGGAGGUUGCUGCAUAUCCUUGAAGUUCCCUUUUGGAAUAAAGGAAGCCCUCACUGCUUUUUAGUAUUUAUGGCUACGGAUUGAAUACGCUGACCGUAUGAAUUGCCCUUAUCCUUCAGUCUGUAUAAAUGUAUGAUUUUUGCAUCUGAUACUGCUGCAUGUAUUUUAAACAUCAGUUAUUAGAAAUGAUGUGCCUUGGAUUCAUUUGAA